UGAGGUGUGUAUAAUAUUGUUCUGCAGCAGCGAGUUGUGUAUUGCUCUGCAGCUGCUGAGGUGUAUUAUGAGGUUCUGCAGCAACUGGGAUGUGGUAUAAGGUUCUGCAGCAACCGAGGUGUGUGGCAUAAGGUUCAACAGCAACUGAAGAGUGUAUAAUGAGGUUCUGCAGCGGCUGAGGUGUGUAUUAUAUUGUUCUGCAGCAGCUAAGGUCUGAUCCCUUCUAGUCAGAUCCUCGUGUUGUGGACUCUGCAUGCUCCAACGCCGGCUGCUCACUACAAUCUGCAGGAUGACUGAAGAGGCAAAGAGACUGGCGGGGUGCGCAGCCGUGGACAAUCACGUCAAGAAUAAUCAGGUGCUCGGCAUUGGAAGUGGCUCCACCAUUGUCCACGCUGUGAAUCGAUUAGCUGAGCGGGUGAAGAAUGAAAACCUCCACGUCUUCUGUGUCCCCACAUCCUUCCAGGCUCGGCAACUGAUCCUGCAGAAUGGAUUAACCCUGACUGACCUAGAGAGACACCCUGAGCUUGAUGUAGCUAUCGAUGGCGCCGAUGAAGUGGAUUCUGAACUCAACCUCAUCAAAGGCGGAGGGGGAUGUUUAGCCCAAGAGAAGAUAGUAGCUGGUUGUGCCAAGUCCUUUAUUGUAAUUGCUGAUUACAGGAAGGAUUCUAAGAACUUUGGAGACCAAUGGAAGAAGGGCAUCCCUAUAGAAGUAUUCCCUAUGGCUUACGUUCCAGUGACUAAAACAAUUCAGCAGAGAUUUGGGGGCGUGGCCGAACUGAGGAUGGCCGUCAGUAAAGCUGGUCCAGUGGUGACAGACAAUGGGAAUUUUUUGCUUGAUUGGAAGUUUGACAAGGUUCAUAACUGGGCGUCUGUAAAUACUGCUAUCAAAAUGAUUCCCGGUGUGGUGGACACUGGACUCUUUAUUAACAUGGCCGAAAGGGUCUACUUCGGGAUGGAGGAUGGAACGGUGUCUGUGCGGGACAAACCGGUACACUAGUCCCUGAACGUGCCACUUUCGUGUGCCAUGCCCCUAGCCGAUCAUUUCCGUGCCAAAUCUAUGCCGUGUGCUGUUUUUGUCUCAUUUCCAGUGAAACUAGUGUUCUACUUGUCACGUUUUGCCUUGUUUUUCGCCGGUACGUUUAUAAUAUGUCUUGUAUAAGGGAUUAAAGUGGUACCGAGCCGCAUUUCGUUACCUGUGCCAUGUACGUUAGAAUAAUACCCUAUGUUGACAACCUAAACGUGUCACCGAUGCAGACCAGUGACGUUACUAAGGUACUUUACGAUAUAUGCCAUUGUAUGUAUGUUCUUAAACCAGUAUUUUCCAACCAGUGUGUCUCCAACU